CUCGUCUUCUCUGAACUCUAGGGGAGCGGUGUCGUAACGUGGGGUUCUGCUCGGAAAGUGAAGGGUGCGAACCUGGGCUGAACCACAAUUCUCUACUCUCCCAAAAGCAGAAAAUGAACAUAAUUCAGGCAUCAGUGUCAUUCAAGGAUGUGACUGUGGAAUUCACCCAGGAAGAGUGGCAUCAGAUGGACUCUGCUCAGAGGACCCUGUACAGAGAUGUAAUGCUGGAGAACUACAGCCACCUCGUCUCAGUGGGAUACUGCUUUACAAAGCCCGAACUGAUCUUCAUGUUGGAACAAGGAGAAGAUCCAUGGUUAUUAGAGAAAGAAUUUAUAAACAGAAGUUCCCCAGAAGAAACCGAACCAGAUGAACUCUUAGAGGAGAGCCUAGAAAACCAAGGCAAACGUUUGAGGCAAGGUUUAUUCAUCAACAAAUCAUUGACCGUGGAGCAAGAAAUAUCAGGAAAACCAUGUACUCUGGACAUAAACAUUUUUCCUGCAGAAACAAUGCCCUGUAAAUUUGACACUACAGGGUCUACUUACUUGCUUCUUAGCUCACUGGCCCCACACUGUCAAUAUUCAAAAAAGAAGACUUGUGCGCCUAAUGUAUGUGAGAACUGGCUCUUCAGUAUUAAGGAUGGCAGAACUAAUACUGGAGAGAAUUCUUUUGUUUAUAGUAAAAAUGUGAAAACCUUUGGAUAUAAAGUUAUCCAGCAUCCGACAAUUCAGACUUUGCCACAAGCCUUUGAAUAUAAUGAAAGUAGAAAAGAUUUUCUUGAAAAGACUGCCCUUGUUAUGUCUAAGAGUACCCACCCAAAAAUGAAACCUUAUAAAUUCAAUAAAUUUGGGGAAAACCAACAUGAGAAAUCAACCUUGAUAGUUUCUCAGAGCAGUCAUCCAAAGGAGAAGAGUCUCUAUGAGUUUAAUAAAUAUGAAUGUACUAAAAAUGGAAAUAAUUUUAGUAGGAUCACUCAAAAAACUGACAUAGAAGGGAAAUCUUUCAGCCAAAAAUUACACAUUAAAGAACAGGAAAAAUUUUAUAUAGGGGUGAAAUCCUUUGAAAAUGGAAAGAAUUUCAGCCAUAAUUCAACCCUCCCAGUGCAUCAGAGAAUUCACACAAGAGAACAAUCCUCUGACUAUGGCACAUGUACAGAAACAUUGGGUUACCAGUCAACUUGCAAUGUGCAUAAGAAAACUCAAAUAAUAUUGAAACCCUAUGAGUGUAAUGAAUGUGGAAAAUCCUGCGCUAAAACUUCAUGCCUGAUUCAGCCUCAGAAAAGUCACAUGGAGGAGAAACCCUUUGAAUGUCAUCAAUGUGGGAAAGCUUUCAGUGAGAAGUCACGUCUAAGAAAACAUGAGAGAACUCACACAGGAGAGAAACCCUAUAAAUGUGACGGAUGUGAGAAAGCUUUCAGUGCAAAGUCGGGACUAAGAAUACAUCAGAGAACUCACACAGGAGAGAAACCUUAUGAAUGUAAUGAAUGUGGGAAAUCUUUCAACUAUAAAUCAAUCCUCAUAGUACAUCAAAGAACUCACACAGGGGAGAGACCCUUUGAAUGUAAUGAAUGUGGAAAAUCUUUCAGCCAUAUGUCAGGCCUAAGAAAUCAUCGGAGAACUCACACAGGUGAAAGACCAUAUAAAUGUGAUGAAUGUGGGAAGGCUUUCAAACUGAAGUCAGGCCUAAGGAAACAUCAUAGAACUCAUACAGGGGAGAAGCCCUAUAAAUGUAAUCAAUGUGAGAAAGCAUUUGGUCAGAAAUCACAACUCAGAGGACAUCAUAGAAUUCACACAGGGGAAAAACCCUAUACAUGUAAUUAUUGUGGGGAAUCAUUUAGCCAGAAGUCAAACCUUAGAGUACAUCACCGAACUCACACUGGGGAAAAACCCUAUAAAUGUGAUGAGUGUGGAAAAACUUUCAGGCAGAAAUCAAAUCUUAGAGGACAUCAGAGAACUCACACUGGGGAGAAACCCUAUGAAUGUAACGAAUGUGCCAAAUCUUUCAGUGAGAAGUCAGUCCUAAGAAAACAUCAGAGAACUCAUACAGGAGAGAAACCCUAUAACUGUAAUCACUGUGGUGAAGCUUUCAGCCAGAAAUCAAACCUCAGAGUACAUCAGAGAACUCACACUGGAGAGAAACCCUACAAAUGUGAUAAAUGUGGAAAAACUUUCAGUCAAAAAUCAAGCCUUAGAGAACAUCAGAAAGCCCAUACAGAGAAAUAA